AUGCAAACCCAAAAGAAUUGCCUGAAGAGGGGAAAAAUAGCGAUGUCCAAGUGUUGCAUGAGAAUUUUUGUCUUCUUUUUACUAAUUUGGACGCUAUGUGGUUACAGUAGCAACAAUGUCGGUGAACAGUAUUCAUAUCAGAGUAACCAAGGAGGAACGUUACAUCUAAGAGAUGGAAGAAUAUUAACUACAGUUACAAGCAGUAAAAGACAUUCCGGCUGCGAUAGUGGAAGCGGAAAAUGCUCAAAUACUGUGAGACGCGAAAACCAGGAAAACGAAAAAACUGGAAUUGAUGGCAAGCCAUCCUCCGGAAUUACCAACAAACCCAGGGAUGAGAAGGUUUCAGAAGAUACGAAACAGCUUAGAUGCACAAGAAAUAAUGUCAAUGGCGCUAGAAGUAAACCGAGCAAAACAAAAAGGGAUGAUUUUCCUGUUACUCCUAUGCUUUUUGCAGAGUUGUUCUUGAAGGAACCAGAAAAAGGAAUUGAUAUAAUAAUGCUUUAUGUAGGAGGAUUUUUAAAAUAUGCGUGUAAUCAUUUUUCUUAA